AUGAAUCGGAAGAGAGAAAAACACCAUAAGAGUCUCAUGGAUGACUACUUCUGUGAAAGACCACUUUAUCCCUUAGUGGACUUUCAUAGGCGGUUCCGUAUGAGAAAAAAGCUUUUCUGUUGCAUCUUGAAUGAUGUUGUUGCAUAUGAGCCAUACUUUAACCAGAAGAUAGACGCUUGUGAACGACAAAGUCUAUUUCUAGAGCAAAAGCUAACAGCAAUUUUUCAAAUGCUCGCAUAUGGAUGCUGGGUAGACUCCACCGACGAGUACUAUAGAUUGGGUGAAUCUACAGCCCUUGAAUAUUUGCGAAAGUUUUGUUCCGUUAUUGAAGCCGUGUAUGGCCAGUGGUACCUCUGUUCCCCAAAUCCGGCUGACCUUUACAAGCUCUUGCACAAGGCUAGUCGCAGAGGAUUCCCAGGCAUGUUAGGCAGUCUUGACUACAUGCAUUGGGAAUGA